AUGAACCUCCUCUCACACGCCCGCGAUGUGGCGCUGCAGUCUCCACUCCUGGUUUUGGGCGGUGUGGCGCUGGCCUACGCCGUAUACACCCUGAUCCGAUUCGCCCGGGCCGAUGCAUCCCUGGGCCUCUUGUCUGCUGCCCCCACCCCUCCCAGGGCCUUUGCGGGCAAGGUGGUGUGGAUCGUGGGGUCCAGCCAGGGCCUGGGGGAGGCCAUGGCGCUCUGCAUGGCCGCCCAGGGCGCCAAGCUCAUCCUCAGCUCCCGCUCCCAGCGCAAACUGGAGGCGGUCAAAGCCAAGUGCGCCGCCUUCAUCCCCGCCGACGACGUUCUGCUCCUGCGUCUGGACGUGCUGGGCCCCCCCGCGACCCUGGCCGAGGCGGUGGAGACGGCCUGCUCCGCCUUUGGCGGCGCAGGCCUGGACUACAUCUUCCACAACGCCGGCGCCAGCCAGCAUGCGGUGGUGGAGGAGACCACCUGCGAUGUGGCCACUGAGUUGCUGCACCUCAACCUGCACGCCGCCAUCAAUGUGGCCCGCGCAACGCUGCCCUACAUGCUGCGCCGGGGGAAGGGCUGGCACGUCGUCAUCUCCUCCAUGGCGGGGGUGGUGCCCAGCCCGGGGCAGGCGGUGUACGCCGCCGCCAAGGCCGGCCUCCGCGCCUACUUCGGCUCCCUCAAGGCCGAGAUGCACGGCAGUGGCAUCGGCGCCACCAUCUGCUGCCCCGGCCCCGUUGCCACAGGGCUGGAUGGGAAUGCACGGCUGGUCUAUGGCCCGCUGGGCCUGAUCGAGACAGUGACGACCGUGCCCUCGCCCGACGGCGAGGGGUCGCAGCUGGUGGCGGCGCACUCCUCCUCGGGGCGCACCGCCGUGCCGCGCGCAGUGGAGCUCAUCGUGCGCGCCGCACACCGCAAGAUGGACGAGGUCUGGAUCGCGCGGCACCCCGUGCUGCUCGUCGGCUACCUCACCCAGUACACGCCCUUCCUGGCGUGGUGGAUCCUGAAGAAAAUCGGGCCGGGGCGCGCGCGCAAGCUGAAGAGCGGCGGCGACGGCUACUCCGUCACGGGCAUGUUUGUGUGGGGGACGCCCAAGAAGACGGAGUGA